ACCGUAAACCCCCUCCCCCUACCUAAGCCUUAACUCCUAUUUAUCUCUCGAUCUUCGGUUUUCUUCCUUAAACAUUAACCCUAACCCUAGUUCGAGCCAUGAAGAUUUCUCUUCUGCCGGCGGUGAUCCGGGAGAUGCUCCUCCACCGGGGGCCGCUGCUCCGGUACGCGGCCACGUGGACGGCCGUCCUGACGGCUACGGUGGCGGUGACGUCGUUCGCGCCGGAGAUCGCGUUCGUGUGGGCGUUGUCGCCGGAGUCGGGUUUCGCCCAGCGGUGCCGGGCAGGCGCCGUUAGGGUUCCAGUGGAGGGGCCGGCGGGAGAGGUGGUGUGCGUGCCGGCGCAGCUAUUCGGGCGGUCGAAGGCGGACCUCUUCGUGCCCCCGCUCUUCGCCGCCCUGGUGGUUUGGGGCUCUGCCUUGUUCGUCCGAUCCGUCGGGCUGUGGGAGAGCGAGGAGGCGAUCGGGUGAUGGUGAUUUCUGAACGUUGAUUCCUGCGAGAUUUCGAGGGACGCGGAGGACGGAGAAAUUGUUGUAUUCUUCGGGUCGAAUUUGCGGCGCACAAGUACAUGAAACUUCCUGAGGCCCUGUUCUUCGUAUAAUUCCGUGCCGUUGGAUAUGAGAUUUGUAGGAAUAAUGGCCGUUCGAUUAAUCCGCUUGCUUGUGAAUUGCUGCAUCUUAUGAUUCGAUUAUGGUAUUGUUUGCCGAAAAAUU